CCAUGGAAGAAUUGCUCUCGUACGACUGCAGUUGUUUCUUCUUGUUCUCCCGUUCACCUCGCCCGGCCCGAGAGCUAUACGCUCGAUUCGGCCGCUUGCUGCAUCAACGGGGACAAGAGGAACAACCGAACACGCCGCCGCCGCCGCCUACUCCCAGCUGCCCCCGUCUUUGCCGGACCCUUUGCCGGCGACGAGCACCCACCGCACCAGUUUAUGAACCUCAGCAGCCAAGGGAUCAGAAGUGGUGGUGUUUAGUCAGCUAUCACACAGAUUGACAUCCUAUACCAUGGCUUCUCUGCUUUGUCCACAAAUAAAGUUAAGCAAAGUAUUUGUUAGGAGGAGGUUUCAUGAGAGUGGACAGACCAAUUUGCCAAGGUCUCUUCACUGGAAACCCUUGCGACCAGGCCAUCUUGAAAAUCUUGUGCUGCGAUGCACCGAGAAUUUGUCAUGGGAAACCUCUCUUCCAUAUGCCUCUGUCGAGGAUGGUGCCAGUAUCAUCAAGGGAACAGGUGUUGUUGAACCUAUUGAUACAGAAGAAGCUCCACAGAUUCCAAUCCUCCAGAGUGAUGAAGAUGUUGUGGAGGUGAAUAAUGAACCUUCUUGGCAGCUAAAGGCAUUUAAACUGCCAUUGUGGCUACUAGGGCCUUCGGUUCUGUUGGUUACGGGUAUAGUUCCAACUUUAUGGUUGCCACUGUCUUCAGUGUUUCAUGGUCCCAACAUUGCUGGCCUUCUAUCUCUAGUUGGACUUGAUUUCAUUUUUAAUAUGGGAGCGAUGUUGUUUUUCCUUAUGGCUGAUGCAUGCGGCCGUCAAGAGAACAAUAUUUUGGACCUGAAAAGGCAGAUCCCAUUUUCCUACAGGUUCUGGAAUCUGGCUGCUACCAUAGUAGGCUUUGUUGUUCCAUUUGCCCUGUUUUUUGCAACUCGUAGGGGCACUCUACAGCCACAACUACCAUUCAUUCCAUUUGCAGUGUUGCUUGGACCAUAUCUUUUACUCCUAUCUGUACAGAUGUUGACUGAGAUGCUUACAUGGCACUGGAAAUCGCCGGUAUGGUUGGUAGCUCCUGUGGUUUAUGAAGGCUAUCGAGUACUACAGCUGAUGAGGGGUCUCCAGUUAGCUGACGAAAUUAGUGCGCCUGGCUGGAUGGUGCAGAGUCUUCGUGGCCUGGUAUCAUGGUGGGUACUCGUCCUUGGAGUCCAAUUGAUGCGCGUUGCCUGGUUCGCUGGACUCAGUUUUGCUAGAAAUUCAAGGUAUGGAGAAAGUGAUGAUAUGAACCAGUAAGUCGUACAAGAAAAACUUGAGGUGUCUUCUUUUUGGGGGGCUCAUGGUACUUCAACCUGCAACAAUGCUCUUCGUGUUGAUGGUGGUGCGAUUUUAGUUGCUGGACGUACAGAAAGGCCGAACAUCCUUGAAAACCUGCAAUGCUUGGGCAAUAGUUUUGUAAGUGUUUUUCUUUUUUGUUUGCCUGUGGUAAAUAGUGCAGCUACUCUUAUGCUGGAGCAGAGCAGGAGCCAGGCUGCUAGAUACUUCAUAUUAUGAACAGUGUAAUUAUUGUAGUAUAUAUAUAUAUAUAUACAGGAACAUGAUCAUUUGACUGAGCACCAUACUAAACACAAACAUCACUGUGUACGUUCCUUGAAUA